AAUCUACGGCUUAUUCAUAAACAUUCCUCUAUUAAGCAUUUAGUUGUGCUUCGAUUAAAAUAUUACUACCAUCACCAAGUGUUUAUUUUAAUAAAUCCAAUUGGCGCUAUUUAUAUUGUUUUUAAAAAGUUUUUGGUUUAUAUAAAAAUGUCAGCAGAUGAUAAAAUCUUACAAUGCCGCAAUGAUAUUAUGGUUUUUGUAAUUAACAAUGUGGAAAAUAAAAUCCCCUUAAAAGAGGAGGAGAUGCGUGAUAUAUUGGACAAAGAUAAACUUUUGUACAAGCAAUGUUUUCCGCUUGUUGUUGAAUCCUUGAAAAAGGUACAUGGCAUAAUUUUACAUAAAGUACCGGAAUCGAAAAAAUACAUUUGUUACUCGGAGCUGACUGCAUGCUCGACAGCGGAGUAUGAUCAAGAGCAGUGUCGUCAUUUGACAUUGCUAUUUAUUAUACUUUCCUACUUGCUGAUGAAAGAUUGCUGCGUAGAUGAAGAACAACUGUUCCACUUUUUAAAGAAUAUUCGCAUAGAUAUCGAUGAAGAACACGUAUUUUUUGGGGCAAAUCUGAGAAAGCUUAUUGCUGAUACAUUCGUGAAGCAAUUAUAUUUGAAACGUGAAAAGUCCGAUUCGGAAACAGAAAUGGAAACAAAAUAUGUAUAUUCUUGGGGUUAUCGCGCCACUAUGGAAUUCCCUCCAGCUGACGUGCUGCAUCAAACUGCCGAGAUACUUGGCAAAGAAGCCAGAGAAUUUGUUGCUGUUUACAAUAAAUACUGUUCGGACAAGAACGAGGAAGCCAUGGCUGUAGAAUGACAUUAAUUAAAAGCGGUUCCAGCUGCAAUAAUGUUAUAUAUACAUUUGUAAAAGUAUUUAAAUGUUGUUAAAAUAGUUUUAACGUUGCUGUCAAUGUGUACACGUAUAUUUAUCUAAACGCCUAAAUGCUAAACCAGGCAAAUGACUGACUUUCUAUAAAGGAAAAGGAAAAUUUACUACAUUUUCGCAUUUGCCAGUCAUUUAUGUGUUUGGAUAAAAACUUGUAAUAAUUAAAGUCAAUAAAUUAUCAAUUAAACAUAA